CUGCAUGGGUAUCCCGUUCGGGAAAACUUGAGGUGCAAGACCGAGAAAUAUCUGUUAGGCGUGGGACGGACGGCGUCCUCGUUCGGGAUUGCUGGUGACAGGACCUACUUCAAGACACGAUAGAAGGGCCGAACACCUUCUAGCGUAUCCCCGACAACAUGGUCUAUUCGGCCUCGAGGCUGUCAGGCGCUGUAGGUCGCCUAAGAGUCCGGCGCGUCUACAAAUUCGAUUGCUCCGACCAAUCUACCGGAUCAGGUCUUUCAUUGGUGGGAAUGACCUCGGCUUGGAAAUGGUUACCUGCGUGUCCUGUCGAUCAGUCUAUCGAAAAGAAUAUUCUCGAUUAGGGCCCUCACGACUGGCUGUGGUCCGGCAUCAUGCAUGUUCAAAGAAGGAAUACGCUCAGCCAAUUGCGGUCGCCGUGUAAAUUUUCCUCACAAAGCUAAGAAAAAUACAUAUAAGCUCCAACAGGCCUUUCAGCUCUUUACGUCGUCCUUCAAACUUAUUCCCCUUGAGAUGCCUCAUCGCUCCUCCAAGCAAACCAGUCUAAAAGCCGUACCUCGUCAUAUCCCUGCGUAUGAUGAAGUCCUUCAGCAAAAUUUUGCCUCGACUCUUCGCCUGCCGACUUAUCGUUUUUCGCAUGCCAAGCGCUACCACCCAUAUCGACGACAUCCUCGAUUUAUAUUUGAAACCGAGAGCGCUGACCUACCUAUUCCCCCCACACCUGUAAUUCUUCCUCAAGCAUACGGAGUUGUCCCUCUUCACUAUGAUCUUGACGACGACGACUACAUUGGCGAAGAUGAAUUAGAUGAAGAAUUCGAGCUGGUUGGCGAGGAAGAACAGCUGGGGCAGCAGGGGCAGGGGCAGGAUCAAGGGGACCGGCUAGCCAACGAGAAGCCCGUCGCUAUUCUGACGCGCAUCGUCCGCCAGUAUCAAAAUGUCCUGAUCAUGUUUCUUCUGUGGAUCCUCUCCGUUGUUUGAAGGAUCUUCGACCCUCAAUCAUGCUUGCUACGCGUAAGCCGACCAUCUGCAAACG